AUGGGCCAGGCACUUUCGAUUAUAUCGCACACACAUACAUAUGUUUCUGGGCUACUUCACUUUACGUUAGGUCGCGGAAGAUGGUCCCAAUACUUGAUAGAAGAUUGUACAUUCAGUCGUUUACAAAUCAAAGAUUCAGACUCCUCAGAUGAAGCCCUGUUUAAGCAGCAUGCUCGAAUCCAUCUGUUUAGCCUGGCUUCAAACUUCUACCUCUACAAUAGACCACAUUACAGAAAAGGUUCUUAUCGUGACGAUCUUGUUGACAACCUUCGCAAUGUUGCAAUUCCUGGAACUGGUAUUCCCCUAUCGACGUUUGUCAGAAGCCGAGUCGUGGCUUUCGGAUUCUUGCUGACUGCUUAUCCUGCAAUCAGUUUUUUUGCAUCGACACAAAAAUGGAUAAAAUCGAAAUUUCAAUCGAGUCUCAGUGAAGAAUAUGCCACACGUCUCUUGGCUCCUGAUGAUUGGUUUUCUUUUUGGAGACUGAAUUGCAAUAUUGUCGGUCUGCACUCCCUAUUGAAUAAAAUGCCCUCCGGAUAUGCAACUGAGAACAAAUGGACGUUCCUAGAAUCUGGAAGUGAAAAGAAUGUGCCGAGUUAUUACACAGAGCAGAGCAUCGAUCAAUCUUGA